UUCAGGGGCGUGCAGCGAGAGGCGAUCGAAGCGAUCAUGAUGAACAAGAGCCCAAUCGUGGUGGUGAUGGGAACGGGUGGCGGGAAGAGCUUGGGGUUCAUGCUGCCGGCGGCGAGCUGCCCAGGCGGCGUGACUGUGGUCGUAGUUCCGUUGGUAUCGCUACAGGGCGACUUGAUGGAACGUUGCCGGAAGAUGAAGAUACCAUGUGCCGAGUGGCGCAGUGAUCAAUCCCCAGGGGCGGCGUCGCUUGUUUUCGUCACGCCCGAGUCGGCAAUGACCAAGCGGUUCCACGACUACGUGGAAGGGCUUCGAGUGAUGGCGCAACUCGACGGAUUUGUGUUUGAUGAGGCUCAUACCAUCUUGGAGGGCACGCGGGACUUCCGACCGAGGCUGAGAGAGCUUGGACGGCUAGCACUGGUGGGGGUACAGAUGGUAUAUCUGACGGCAACAUUGCCACCAAGCAAGGAGAAGGAGUUUUUUGAGCUGAUCAAUGCGCGACCAGAGGAUGUGACCAUGAUCAGAACCAGCACGACACGCUCGAACGUCGCAUAUAGCGUUCAGACGCUAGCAGCAGCAACCCCCGAAGAGGCCAGCGAGGCGGUUACGACAAGGGUCCGAGAGAUUCUGGAUCAGAAACUCGAGGAGUAUCCAUGGCCGGCGAAGAUGAUUGUAUACUGCAACACAGUCAUGGCAACUGAUGCUCUUGCGACUGAGCUAAACUGCGAUGCUUACCACCGAGAUGUUGAUACUCGAGAUGGCAAGGCGGAGAGGCUACGGGCUUGGAUGAGUGGGAUGGAGCGAGAGCGAUAUGGCGGAGGGCGGGUGAUUAUAGCUACUAACGCGCUCGGGUUGGGAAUCGACGUCCCAGAUAUUCGAGUGGUGAUGCAUGUGGAGAUGCCAUUUGAGAUGGCAGAUUACGCGCAGCAGAGCGGACGAGCUGGGAGAGACGGUAAGCAGAGUGAAGCGAUAGUA